AUUUCUCCUGACGGGGUGCAAGUUAGGUGGAACGAUCCCCCUUGCACCAGGGUGUAUGCGCGUCACCAAUAAACACAUAGCUGCUCCAUAUCCUUACUGGCUAUAGGGUCUGAUUUCCACAUGUCAGUCUGUCACAUAGGUCUGGGUAGGAACUUACUGGCAUUGGCGGGGCCCUUUCUUGCCACUCCUCUGCUAUUAUCGAUUAAAUCUAUCAAGAAAUCAUAACGGCUGUUCUCUGUAAAACCAACACGUAACCUUGUUCCUUCUGCAAGCAACCAAGCCCAACACACGCUGGUAGUGUUGGUAGCUUCUACACUGGUAGAAGGGAAGAUAAAUCCCUUCAACGUGCUGAACUGCUGUGUAGAAUGAGCUCUGUUUUAAUCUCGUUCCUCUACGAUGCUCAGCUUUCCUAGCUUCUCCCCUGCCUAAGCACACACUUCUGUCCCUUGGCAUUAACCAUCACGCACAGCGGGAUCAAAUCUGAGCUCUGUCUCCUCCUGCUUCUUUCCAGAAGGAUGAGACAAACAGCAGAAAACAACCAGCCUCCACAGCUAACUCGUUUGGGGUUGCUCCGGACGUUUGGAUGUUCCCUUCCAUGGCCCAGGCGAAGCUCGCUGAGCUGCUCCUCCUUUGUGCAGGGGAAGACCGGUGCAGGUGCAAUGUGCUGGCUAUGCACAGCAUGCCUUUUCCUUGCUUUUCCUCUCCCCCUCUUCCACGAGCAAACAGCAUCUCAACUCUUUCCUUGCUCAGAAACCACUGAGGUAAAAAAGAACUGGCAAGCUUGCUUUUAGAAUUACCUUCUCUGUACGACCUGCUGCUUUAAAGCACCAGCUCUCCUAGCAAUGACCUGCCUCUGGCAUGCUCAGCCUGCAGGGAAAAGUUAUUCCUCUGUGUCUGCAGGCUUUGCUCGCAUUCCCAGGUGCAAGAGUCAGUCUAGAGCUCAGCCCAGCUUUACCAACAACAGAAAUCCAGUUGAUGCCAGCUGUGUUUUUCUCUCUUCUGAAACACCGUACUGCUGCAAGAAGCAAUGUUGCAAAUGCUUCUUUAUUGCACAAAAGCUAGGAAAUAGCUUUUUUUCUAGAGAUUUCCACACGAGACAUACUUUUCAAGGAGGCACCAGGCAAGUGGAGACAACGGAAAGCACUGGCAAGUCAAAGCUUGGUUAAAAGCUUUCAUGUGAGACCUAAUGGCAUCUUUUCCCAUGCAGGUCAGCUACGGUGACGAUAAACCAUGUCCAAAAGCUUCACUGCAUGAGAACGCCACAUGCAAAAGAUUAGAAGCUGCAGAGAUAUAAAUUCAUCUCAGCCCAGAAAUCCUUCCCUGUGUGUAUUGCCUGGAGUUCCGAGACUGCAGAGCCAGAAUCAUUCUCCUCCUCUGGGUGCAGUCUAGGAGAUGGACACCUCCAACCACGCACACUUCCACAGCUCUUCCUUUCUCAUCAAGUCAGGCCUUGACACAGGAGAUGUUUUUGUCCCCUCUUUUUCCUGAGGUUACCCCCCGCUGCCUCUGUUGCCGUGUUUUACUUGACCACUAACAAAAAAGUAGUUCUAAAUAAUUCAGCCUGGGAUUCUUCACGUAGUAAUCUAACGCGAGGAGCUGGGGCUUUCCAGAAGAACAACCGUUUUGCUAAGGAAACACGCCAUUUGGGAUGGGGACUCUACACAGCUCCUAAGCAGAAGGUGGUGGGGCUCUCACGUCACUCUGCUCCCAGGCAGGGCCUCCAACACAGUUACCUUGAUUUGCAUUGCUCUUUUGCCUACUUGCAACUUCAGGGCACUUCUCAUCCCACUCUCAGUCCUUGUAAGAAAGGCUGUGGCAAAUCCACCUGCAGAAAACACUGUCAUUCCCUUUAGAAACAAAGAAACCACUCUGCCCUUGCUCCUGAGCCUGGUCCCUGCCUCCACCUGCAGGGCUUGGCUGUCCUGGCUCUGUUCGUGGGCCACUAAAUGAAAUCCAGACAACAGAGACAAAAAGAGGCAGAGGACUGGCACUAAUAUUUCUCUGUUGGCGGGAAUCUCAACAGAAAGUGCUGUGCUAAAGGUGUGAGGUUCAGGGAACACCCCUAUCAAGGCAAAAAGCAUAGUAUGGAAGCUUUAGUUACGGCAUGCUGAGUAGAAGAAGAGAAAGGACUAUUACCUCCUAUUUUAUUUUUCUUUCAGUCUCUCUCGUCAUGUGGAUCUGAGGAUGACCAAAGCCUGUUGCCACAAGCAUUGCUGAACCCGUCAAAAUGAUCGCUCAGAGGUAUUGCACCGGCACAUCGCACAGAAGAACUGUGUAACCUAAGUAGUAAGGGGAGAAGAAAGGGGAGCGGCUAACAUUCAUUACCUCCCCUAAACUGAUAGUCGUUGGCUUCUUGUCCCAUCCAAAUCCUGGCAAGCAGGAUAACAAAGAUUUAGUGACGUUUACAACUGUGGUAGGGAUUGCUGGAUACAACCAGCCACCCAAGGCUGAGCACGCUCUCCGAUCCCUUUCGCAAUUCUAGAAAUACCCAGAAGAGCUCUGUGUUCUCUUGCUUUCAUUUCCUUACACAAACCAUUUUCAAAUGCACGUUGUUAUAGGUUGAUACAAGAUCUAGGGCUUAAAGCCACAGCCACAGAGGUGGACACUGGCCCCAGGGCCUAAAUCCACAUCUACAGCCAGACAGGCCGGCACCAGCUCUGGGGCUUAAAGCCAAAGCCAGAGAAGCUGGCAAGGUCCCUGGGACGUAAAUCCACAGCCAGAGAGGCCGGCACCAGCCCUGUGGCCUAAAAACAAGGACAGAGAAACCGGCACCGGCCCUGAGGCCUGCAACCACAGGCACAGCCAGAGAGGCCGGCACAGGGCCUGGGGUCUAAAGCCACAAAAAAAGAGGCCAGCACUGAGCCCAGGCCCUAAAGCCACAGCCUGAGAGGCUGACGCCGGCCACGGGGCUUAAAGCCAAAGCCACAGCCAGGCAGGCCAAAAAAGGCCCUGGGGACUAAAGGCACAGCUUGAAAGACUUGAAACAGUGCAGGGGCUUAAAGCCACAGCCAAACUUAGAGAGGGCCGGCACCUGAAGCCCCAACCAGCACGACCAGCACCGGCCCAAGGGCCUGAAGUCACAGCCAGAGAGGCCUACAACGGCCCCAGUGCCUUAAGCCCCAGACCCAGUCUGAGAAACCAGCACAAGCCCCAAGGCCUGAAGCCACAGCCACGGACACACCGGCUGCCAGCGACCCCAGGGCCUAAAGCCACAGCCCAAAAGGCCAGCACUGGCCCCGGGGCCUAAAGCCACAGCCAGAGAGACCGGAACCAGGCCAAGGGCCUAAAGCCACAGCCAUGGCACAAGAGGCCAGCACCAGCUUUGAAUAUAAAUCCACAGCCCAAGAGGCCUAUACCGGCCCCGAGGCCUGAAGGUACAGCCACAGCCCGAGAGGCCUACAUCGGUCCCCGAACCUAACGCCACAGCCAGACAGGCCUGCACCAGCCCCGGGACAUCCAGGCGUGCGUUGCUAUUGGUUUCCAGUGAUUCCUCUGGGACUCCAUUGACCACUGUGAAGCCAUAUUGGUCUUUUCUGUUUUUUAUUGGGCUGCACAAGAGUCGUCUUCACUUCUCCAUUCCUGUUCUUCAGAUAACCCCAUUGGGUGACCCUAAGAUGUGGAGCUGGGAGGCGUCCAUUUCCUUCGCUUAUGAUGAAAGCACCAGGGCGAUGCGGGCACUCACUGAGGUCACAACCACUGCUGGGGUGGGAGCGUUUGUGCCACAGCUGGUGAGCAGAGCUGGAGCUCUGGUGAGCGUGCUGCACGCAGAGACUGAGCUCUGGGCCUUCUGUGGAACAGAUCACCCUGUGAGAGCCCGACGGAAGCAUCGCGUGUGCACUCGUUGGUACUCUCUGCAGGGUUAUUGUCCCAAGGGAGAUUUUGGGAUCGAGGCGGUCUUGGGAAGCGGGAAGCCAGCUCCUUUCAAGGGCUGGGAAAGUUUCUGCAGAGAGAGCCUCUGGAACUUCAGCUUCCUCUGAGCCUUCAGCAGCCAUGUCUCAGCAAGGAGACGACCGUGGUUCCAAUUCCUGCCGUGUGAGUUGCAAGAAGUGGCGCGGUGCGGUUCCCCGCGGUUGGGAGCAGCAGCCAGCAGGCUGCCAGAGAUCCAACCGCGCCUUGCAGCGCACAGAGGGACGCAACAGGGACGGACGGUCCUUCCUGCCAUACAGAAGGAUGGAUCCUGUGCGUCCAUGGAGUGGUGCUGGGCAAGGGGGGAAACGGAAAGCCUCCGCAGAGAGAGGUGCCGAGCCCAACGGAAAGAUCUACGCAAAAGCGGUGCAGGAAGUCCUUCUGGAGAGAGCUCAUCUCCAGGCUGGAGGGCUUCCUACAACAGCAGGUCCCAGCACAGGGGGAAGACCUUCCCCUGCUGUGUGCUCCCGCUCUGUCUCCAAGUCCUUGGCUGGAUGUAAAAGCAAAGGCUUGGAAGAAGCGAAGCCAACAGCAGUGCAGCUGCCUGCUAACAAAAGAGUGAGGGGGCCGAGCGGAGACAGCGUGCCAGCUCCAGCAGCACACCCUGGGCCUGCUGCAGUGCGGAGCUCCAAGCUAAGAGCAAGAAGACGCCAAGAGAAAGAGAGGAGAGGGGAAUCGAUGAAGGCUGCCCUCAGAGCUGCCGCUGCACGUGCAGAGGCCUCCGCAGUGAACAGCCUUGUGGAGAUGAUGCAGAAGCUGCAGCUGAAGGACUGAGAGGAGGAGCGUCAGCAGGCAGCGGCUGCAGUGCGCAGCGUUACAGGGCAGCGCUGCGAGUGCUGCCCAACUCAGCACUCCAACUUCAGAUGGAGUCAAUAAAUACCAGACACAAUGAGAGA